AUGGAAUCGCGGGAAUUUGCCACGAGGGAUGAACUGUGGCGCAUUCAAACGACGCUGAACGAGCUCUCUGCAACCCAGGCCCUGCAUUCCGACAGGAUCAUGCGCUUGGAACAGAAAACCCCCGAUGGGAGCAGAUCCAGGAGUUUAUGGGGUUCCACAUCUCCUUUCCCAGGAGUGCUAGGCUCAUCACACCACGAGUCCACCCUCAAUCCUGCGGCCGAGGCAUUUCGAAAUUUCGACGUCGACCCUGGAACGAGUAUGAUGAGCUCGUUGACCCUGGACACGAAUGAUGAUUCAAGAAGAGCAGCAGCAUCGAGAGCCAAUUCUGUACGAUUUGAUGAGAGUGCAAACAAUCACUAUGGUUCAUCAAGACAAUCCAUGGAACUUCCGACGCGAACCGGCAGUGGCCUAGGUGGGCACGCUCUUUCUGAACGGUCUCUCUCACACCGAUCCGACGGAAGACCUACCGGCUCGGGGUUUGGUCGAACCAACAGCUUCGGUUUAGAACAGAGUCGCUUGCUUGGGUCUAUCCACAAUUCACCCAGAGUUUCAGGCAAUCCUCCGCCAGGCUUUUUCGUCCUGGGGCCAUGUCCAUCCAUCAUCCGGUGCUGGUUGACACCAUCAUUCUCCAACGAUUCGCUUCUCUACGCUGCUGUGUGCAGUGGUUCAUCGGUAUCAUCUGUCAGUUUUUCACUCGUCGGCAAACUCGGGCUGACCGAUUCAAUUUUUGAUGAUGGAGAGUCUCGCGCAGUUCGGCUACCCGUGUAUUUGACAGAAGCAAAAAUCCAUUCUCCAGCUGUGAGAUCUGCUAGCCCGGUACCUCAAAUUCCCACCUUGACCGUGAAGUUCAUCAUCGACGAGCAGCCGGUGACAGAUCCAUCGAUUCAGAUUAUUUUGGGAAGCGAUGUUUUACGAUCACAUAAUGCCGACAUUCUGUUUUCUCAAGACAAGUUGAUGAUCUUCGAUGAGGAACGAAAUCAACUUUCCAUUCCUCUGGUUCGUCCGGAAGAUGAUGCCUCAUACAAGGACUUAUGUACGGCUUCUCGCAAGCGAUCUUCCUCCAUGGAAGCAGUCUUGCCACCCCCGGCAUCCCCCAUUGGAGUAAUUGGACGACCCGGAAGAUUGGGCACAGCACCAGGAGUUGCCUCACCAACAGUGGCCCCUUCAAGCAGCAUUGCCUCUGCCACGCCGUCCGAACCAGGAGAUAUGCGUAGAAUCGAUCAAGGUACAGACCCGUCGACGAGAUCGAGUUUGGAUCUAGCGCUGUCCAGGCCGACGGAGGAUUCCAAAUCGACCACGGGUAGCGAGAAAUCGUUCACAACCCCCAUGUCGAAGGUUGGAUCUGGAGUUUGGUCCAAUUCGUGGCGUUCCGUUUCUUCAAGUGCACAAAAUGACUCAUCCUCCAAACCAACCGCCUCUAGCUAUGCGCGGCCUAGUUCAUCACGGCCUAUGAAAGUGCUUCGACCAGGGAAAACAAUGGCGAAUGCAACCAGGGCCACUUCUUCCUCUGCAACCACCUCGAACGGGGCGGAGAAUGCAUCGACAAGAUCGGGCGAGGAGGGAAGAAAAAGCAGUCAGCUUGAGUUGGCGGGGGAAUCGAAAGCCUCGCAUUCCGCAUCCACGACCAAGACCAACCCCAUUGGCUCGGGGACUGCAUUUGGGUGGCUGAAUGCCGGACCACAACGAAGGACGACAGCGAACGGUUGA